AUGAAGUCGUUUAUGCCUCUUGUCUUCGCUGCAGGCUGCAGCGCUGCCUCGUCCUUGCCCGACUAUGUGCUUACCUACGCACCGGUGGUCUGGCUCGAUGUCAACGAGACCUAUUUCCCUAGCGACAUCGGCGCUCAGUUGGACAGCUCCAACUCGUACCCGGCAGUGAACUACACUCGCAUCUCCGACUAUCCGACUCCGCUCACGCUUGACAACUUGGACCAGCUCAACGACUUGGGCAACACCAGCGUGUACAUAACCUCCAACCAGGGUAUCGCGGCCAACCCAUCCUGGUUCGCAGGUGUCCAGCCUGAUUCCGAUGGAAAAUCGGGCGAUGCGACCAGCUGCGCCAUCGUCACCUUUGACCACGGAAAUGGAAUCGUCGACGCUUUCUACUUCUACUUCUAUGCUUACAACAAGGGCGACAAGGUCGUGGGCAUAUGGUUCGGUGACCACGUUGGCGACUGGGAGCACAACAUGAUCCGAUUCGACAACGGUGAACCACAGGCUUUGUGGUACAGCCAGCACGCCGGUGGCGAGGCCUUCACCUACAACGCGACUCUCAAGAUCAAUGAACGUCCAGUUGCAUACUCGGGCCGAGGAACCCACGCCAACUAUGCCAUCGAAGGUAAGCACGACCACGCCAUCCCCGGGCACAAUCUGCCAGAUGGCUUUGUUGUCGACUACACCAGCAACGGCACGCUGUGGGAUCCGACUGGAAACUACUAUGCGUACAGCUAUGACAACUCGACAACCAAGUUCACCGCAUACGACUCGAGCUAUCCCGUCAACUGGCUGUACUUUAACGGACAAUGGGGCGAUAUCCAGGUUGCCAACCAGACUGGAAUUUUCGGCGAGUACACGUACACCAGCGGUCCCAACGGUCCAAAAUUCAAGGGCCUCGUCCGCGACAACGUGUGCCCCAACGGUAAUGACUGCGAUGUGAAGGACUAUCUCACCUGGUAA